AUGGAAGCUGCAACUCUCAAACAUUAUCACGAUGAGGAGUUUGACCCUCAAAUGCUGGUAAAAAUGUACAUUAGUGAAGAUAAAACACAUACGAAAGAGGAACUAUUGGAAUAUCCAAUGAAAGUUGUUUAUGAACUAUGCUCCACAGGAACUGUGAAAGGAGAAACACUGAUAGAUCUCAGUGGGGGUCCAGAUUUAGGUCAACUGCUGGUUGCUGGCAAUUUCUAUAAAGAGAUCACAGUUUUGGAGUCUUCUGUUGCCAGUCAAGAAGAAAUACAGAGAUGGUUGAAUAGGCACCCAGAUGCAAUAGACUGGUCACAUGCUACAAGACUUUUAUCUAAGCUGAUAGGUGGAAGCAUAUCAACAGAAGAACUGGAAGAGAAAACAAGAAGAGCUAUUAAACAUUGUCUUCUAUGGGAUCCAACCAAGGAUAACCCGGUGGAACCCGAUAAUUUGCCUCUGGCAGACACUCUGCUCAGCACCUGGUACCUUGAAGCAGCCUGCAAAGACCAUGACAGUUAUCGUAACUACUUGAAAAAAUUCUUAUCUUACUUGAAAGUUGGAGGACAUAUCAUUUUGUUUUAUGUCUCAAAAUGCACACAUUACACCAUCCAUCAACAUCGCUUUUCUACUCUGAACUAUGAGAAGGAAUUUGUACAAACUGUCUUACUUGACAGUGGCAUUGCCAUUGAAAGGUCAUCAUUAAAGAAAAGCAAAGUAGACAGCCACCAAAUAAAAUAUGAAAAUGUUGGAUAUUUUCUAGGCCAUAAAGAAAAGCAAGUUUAACCAGCACCGAUGCUUCCAUUUGA